CGUCCGUUGCGCCAGCCCUUGCCGCUCCCAUUGCAUACACAGCGGAGCUCGAAGUCCGUGGUGACUUCGACAACCUCGAGGCCCGCGCAUUCGACGACACUCUCGCUCGUCGUGAAUUCGACGAGGAGUUGUUCGCGCGCGCUCUCAACGAUGACCUCGUUGCACGUAGCAAGAUCGGCAGGAAGAUCGGGGGUUUCUUCAAAAAGGCAUUCCAUACCGUUGUCGGUGUCGCCAAAACCGUGCUCAAGCGCGAGGACAUGGACGUCCUUGCGCGAGAGCUCGGCAUCGACGAAGAGGUCUUCGCGCGCGACGUUUACGACGGUCUCGAGGCGCGUGACUUCGACGACGAUGUUCUCUUCGCGCGCGAUCUUGGCCUUGACGAGGACCUCUUCACGCGCGACAUCGAUGAGAACCAGUUUGUUGCUCGUGCCCUCGGCCUCGACGAGCACCUCGUUGCUCGCAGUAAGAUUGGCAGGAAGAUCGGUCACUUCUUCAAGAAGGCGUUCCAUGCCGUUGUUGGUGUCGUCAGUAAAGUCCUCAAACGCGAGGAUGCGGAGGUUCUCGCCCGCGAUUUCGGCUUUGACGAGGAAGCUCUUCACUCGUAUGCCGAUGGAGGAGCUGGACGCGCGUGCCCAUGAGGAGACCGAGCAUGGCUACCAGGCCAACACCCCCUCUACCGAGCCUCACCCUGUUGCACACGGGACUUCCGGCGCAGCUCACACUGGGGAGCAUCACCGUGCCGCACAUGAGGCUUCCGGCGCAGCUCAAACUGGGGAGCAUCACCGGGCUCACAAUGCCGCACACUCUGCUGCGCACCGCCGCCCUCACGAGGCUCACCAGAACGGCGGGCACGCUCAGCACCCCCACCAGACCAGCCACCGCCAGACGGGCGACUUGGAGGCGCACGACCACCUUACGAGUGCUUCGUCUUCUCACCGCUCGAAGGAACACUCGCAGCAGCACCCCUCUGCGCAACGCCAGACGCGCGAGGACAUGCUCGACUUGCUUGUCCGUGCGUUUGACGGCGAGUUCGACGAGCUCGAUUGAGCGGCGGAUCGGUGACACUGGGCGGAUAACUUGAAUGUGAAUGGCUGAUAUUGUGUACCACGGUGUGCGCGAAUCGCUGUUUACAGUGGUGCGUCGUCUCUACAACAUCGCAUGGAACUACAUAGAGCGUAAAGCGUAUUCAGAGGUCCGUGGUGAGG